AUUUCCGGGUUAUUUAUUUCCGGGUUUUAGGACUACCAACCGAAGGUGAACGGUAAUGGCGUUUCCAUGGUAUUCGAGGAAAAGCCUGCAAAGCAAACACGGUCUUUGGCUAAAGCUAGCUAAUGAGCUAGAAGCGUGGCUAGAAGACGGUGGCUACUCAAUACUUCGACCGACCCGUAAAAAAAAGGGAGGACUAGACUAGCUAGAUGAGAAGAUCACGAUGAAGCUGAGAACCUGUCUUGUUGCUCAUCUCAAAGUGACUCCAGUCCCAUCUGUUCAGUUUGGCUACCAGCAGAUUUAGGACUGGCAUGCUCUCUGCCUUGAUGACAAGCACACAGCCUAUGUCCCUGAACACUGGUGAAAUGCACAGGAGCUAAGAAGAAGGAAGGACCUUUGAGGGGAGAUGUUACAUUUCCUGCUUUGACAGAACAUGGAUUUGACUGUAAUUAGGAGUUGGAUGAAUGUUUUUUUUUUUUUAUACUGAAUGAAGGAGAUCUAAAGGCAUCUAAACAUCAAUGGAUUGUGGUUGGUCUGUUGGGUGUUGACUGGAAACGAAAGUGAAGGUGGUGACCAGGCUCAAGGUGGGGAGGCAGGUAGCCUGAAGGGCUAGCAACCGGAGGUCCAACGGACUGAAAUUCAGAGGCCUAUACUACGUACGUGGUUUGAGGAGUUAGCAAGAGCUGAUCUGAUUGGUUAAAAUAUCAGAAUUGGUCUAUCUGUAAACACAGCCGGAGACGGAGGAGCAGGAGUCAGAGGCUGUGAAUGUGUGAAGCUCAUCCCAGCUGUGUGUAGCUGUCCUUGGCUAUGUAGCCAGACUUACCCCCCCCAACAUGCUCCAGACCAACAACUACUCGCUGGUCCUGCUGGUCCAGCUGGGUCUGCUGACCUAUGACCUGUUUGUCAACUCCUUCAGUGAGCUGCUCAGGGCAGCGCCCGUCAUCCAGCUAGUGCUGUUCAUCAUCCAGGACAUCGCCAUCCUGUUCAACGUGAUCAUCAUUCUGCUGAUGAUGUUCAACACCUACGUGUUCCAGGUUGGCCUGGUCGCUCUGCUGCUGGAGAGGUUCAAAUCCUUACUGAUGCUGUCUGCCCUCUACCUCACCCUCAGCAUCUCCUUUCACUGCUGGAUAGUGAACCUAAGAUGGCUGGAAUCCGAUCGUUUCAUCUGGACGGACGGCCUGCAAGUCCUCUUCGUCUUCCAGAGGGUUGCUGCAGUGUUGUUUUACUACUUAUACAAGCGGACGGCAGAGUGUCUGGGCGACCCGCGGCUGUAUCGGGAUUCUGUCUGGCUGAGGGAUGCCUUCGCCAGAGCUCGUCAGUGAGGAGGAGGAGGAAAUGAAAGGAACAAUUACACCACUAAGGAUUUAUUACCAGGCGAGGCCUGCCAGACUCUGUGGUGACGAUCACUACCUGGGGGGCCAGACUCUGUGGUGACGAUCACUACCUGGGGGGGCCAGACUGUGGUGACGAUCACUACCUGGGGGGCCAGACUCUGUGGUGACGAUCACUACCUGGGGGGCCAGACUCUGUGGUGACGAUCACUACCUGGGGGCCAGACUCUGUGGUGACGAUCACUACCUGGGGGCCAGACUCUGUGGUGACGAUCACUACCUGGGGGGUCAGACUCUGUGGUGACGAUCACUACCUGGGGGGCCAGACUCUGUGGUGACGAUCACUACCUGGGGGCCAGACUCUGUGAUGACGAUCACUACCUGGGGGCCAGACUCUGAUGACGAUCACUACCUGGGGGCCAGACUCUGUGGUGACGAUCACUACCUGGGGGCCAGACUCUGUGGUGACGAUCACUACCUGGGUGGGACUACCUGGCCAUGUCCAAUAAGAAAUCACCAUUAUCGUUUUCCGUUUCAAAACGGUUUGCUAUGGUCUGAACAUGACUCUGGGCUAGGAUGGAGCCAACGGAAAAGUGAGAAACUUCAAUGGGCUCAUACAGCAGGAUGGACAGCGAAGAUCAUCAAGACAAUGUACCACGAAUAUGGACUAGUGUUGUAACGAGGCAAACGUUGACUCAAGGACAAUCUGAUGCACAGAGACUUUCCUCCAAUGGAUUAACAAUUUUUUUUUUUUUACAGUACAUACAUAAUGGCGGCUAUUAAUUUAUGUCAAGUGUUUUUACUAAGAUGGGAUACCGACAGCAUCCCAAAUUGCACCAUAUUCCCUAUAUAGUGCACUAAAUGGGGAAUAUAAUGCAAUUUGGGAUGCACACCUGGUUCUGGAACAACAGUAUAUGGUUCUGAAUAGAAGUUGUUACUGGUUCCCUCAGGUGAAAGAAGAAGUCCUGGGGUUAAAAUAUCAAGGUAAUUUCCUUGGUGCUACAAGGGCGGCAGGUAGCUUAGUGGGUAAGAGCGCUGUGCCAGUAACCGAAAGCUCGCUGGUUCUAAUCCCCGAGCC